GGAUGGCAACUCCAGGGUCGUGAAAAUAGGGAUAGCACUUACAAAAACAAGGACUAAUUAUUUAAUUUUCAAUUUCUGUAAAAUAAAAAUUGCCAUGGAAAACCAAGAAUGGAAUAGGACCUACGGAAAUACACUUACUAAAAAUAUUUUCAUUUACCAUCUCUAGAACUGCAAUAUCAGAUAACUUUUGGUGGAAAAAUUCAAAGGUGUCUUAUUUCAUUUGUGGAAGUGAUUACUGGCAAACAAAUUUCGAUGUCAUGGACGUUCCAAUCAAGCUAGAGGUCAAACUGGAGAACGAUGUGGGUUGUGGCAUUAACGAGGAUGAGGCCACUCCGCUGCGGGAGACUACAGGCGGGACUCCGCCGCAUGCAUUUGCUGUUGGAAUUCCUAUGUCCGGAUCAGGCUGGAACAGUGAUCCAGAGGAUGGUGGCCUUGUCCACCACUCGGCGACUCCAGGCGCACAUCUACAGUCGGCCCUAGACGCCAUCGACCCGAGGACCGAGCUGAAGUUCAAAAUAGAUGCUGAUAAUGCGAUUUUGGACAGCUUGGUGGAUGACCCAUUUGAUAUUGGUCCCCGGGCAACCUUGGAGACAUCUGCCGAAGUAAAGGUCGAAAGUCGAAAUUGCGAUUUACUUCCCAGCCAAUUUUCGAAUCGCAAUAACUUUGAAGACAUGAAUUUGUUCAGUCUUGAGGACGCCAAAACGCUUGUACCAGACGAACAACAUGGCUUCCAGGCAAAUGGUACGCUCGUAGAAGAUCUGGAGGCAGCCGAUCUCAUUGCUCAGAAACGAGAGAUUCUAAGGAAAUUGGAGAUGGCAGAUGAAAACAGAAAGGUAAAAAAUAAGAAAAAGAAACACAAGAAGGAUCGGUCCCAUCGCUCAAACCGAGAUCGUGAGGAGUCCAGAAAGCGAAAUCGCAGUGCCACUUCGCAGGACGAGAACACAGAUGAGAGGAACCGGAAUGAUGGUGAUCAUCGGAGCCAUAAGACAUAUAAGAAACGAAAUAGCAGUGGCAGUUCGCAGACCGAUGGCCCGCCGGAAAAAAAAAUUCGGGAUGCAGAAUUAGAUUACGUUCCAGUGCGGGCUGAUGAGCAGUACAUCCGACUAGUUAACUUCUCCAACCUCAUAGAGCACCAGCCACCGCAGGUUGAACCUAACACUGUGAAUCUGUCCAAAGCGGACAAGCGUGGUCUGGCCGUCGCACGGGCGGAGUUGGUGCUGGAACAGAUCCAGCAGAUGGCCAACAAAGAGGAGCCGCCCGAAUUCCACAUGGUGGACACCAUCUGCAAGCUUCCUGUUAAUGAGUCGUUUAGGAACCAGGAUUGCUUCGAGAAUCCUUCGCCAAUUUGCAAUAACAUGAAUGUGGUUUACAAGUUCAAUUCCACGCCCGGAACCAGAAUCGAUUUGGCUAAAUGGGGCUUGGAAGCAGUGCCUCAGGCGACUAAGAGGCUUUUGCGUCUACUGGGCAUCGAUGUGGCGCGCCUUAAGGAGCUCCAGAGCAAAGUUAAGCCUUCGCAGCGCAUCCUGAAGCUGAAAAAGGAGCAACUUGAGCAGGGCUUGGCGCCGACAAAUGAAAAUGAAACGGCCACGCUGUUCAAGAAUGCAGCUACGCAAACAAAGGGCAGGACUGAUACCCACGAUGCUGGCACUCAAGUUCGUUUAGAGAGCCAGCCUAAUGGGGCCUUUUGGCAGAACCCCAACUUCAAUCCAUUGGAUUUGACUCAGCAACAGUCGAACGUUAUGUUAGCCAUACAGGAAAUCUAUAAAACCCUGCCUAAUGCCACCUUGGCCGCCAAGCUCUACAAUGCAUUGAGACCUGCUCUGGCAAUAAUAAAGGGCAGUCAGCCCUGAGUAUUCCAUACUCACUAAUAUUUGCUUUAUACAUUCAAGAAAUACAUAUAUGCACACGCAUUAUACAUUUAUAACAA